AGGAGAGUGAAAAACAAAAUACGAUAAUAAACAACAACUGAGUUUCUGCUUGAGUUUCAUCGCGGCUUGUUACUUGAAGUCGUGUCCGACUUCCAACCGAAUUACCACGCACUGUGCUUCAACACAAUCCCUCUCAAACAUACAGCUCACCUCAACUAAGCUAUCUCCAACCUUCUCCUAAUCAAACUAAAACUUCAACACCGCCAAAAUGCCCCUCCCCCUCACCCCCGAACAAACCGCCCUAAUCACCGCCGCAACAAAAAUAAUCGACUCCGUUCCCCGCUUCUCCCCAACCCGCAAGCCCACAGACCACACCUGCGCUUCGGCAGCCCUCUCCUCCAGCGGCCGGAUCUUCACCGGCAUCAACACAACGCACUUCACCGGCGGGCCCUGCGCUGAAAUCAUCGCGUUCGGUAACGCUGUUCAAGCGGGCGUGGGCUCGAGUUUUAGUCCCGGGACCAGCGACGAGAAAUUGGUUGUUGUUGUGGCGGUUUUGAGUGAUGGGAGAGGCGUUAUUAGUCCGUGUGGGAAGUGUAGGCAGAUUAUGUGGGAUAUGCAUGCGGGGAUUAGGGUUAUUGUGAAGGAUGAGCGGGGAGGGGGGGAGUUGGUGACGGUCAGUGUGGAGGAGUUGUUGCCGUAUGCUUUUACGUGGGUUUGGAAGCCGAAGGCUGAUGAGGUUGUUGUGAAGGAGUGAGGAUAGGCUUGUAUUUGGCAAAGGCGAGUGAGUCUUGGUGUCAAGUUCAAAUGCUGAGAUUCAUAGUGAUGCAUAGGAUGAUUGAGACUUUGCUCACUUACGAAGCUUUUUUGAAUGAGACAGCACCAAGAACAACAUGAAGUAGGAACGCGAUUGAUGAUUUGCUAAGUCUGAGUCCUAUAAGAAGCUGCAAGCCAAGCUAUCAUUCAAAUUCAUCAUCCUCAUU